CUUGAAGGGUUAGGAAUCAAGUAUGCAUACAUGCAUGGCUGGUGCAGCAAUAGUUGUGGCCUUGGUUUUGAAUGUGGUUGUGGUUUGCAAUGGAGGCAAGACAAGCAGUUUCACUAGGAAGGUUGAGAAGUCUGAGGAUAUGCCACUUCAUAGCGAUGUUUUUGUUGCCCCUUCUGGCUAUAAUGCCCCUCAGCAGGUUCAUAUAACACAAGGUGAUCAUGAGGGAAGGGCAAUGAUGGUGUCAUGGGUGACUAUGGACGAACCAGGAAUGAGUUUAGUGCAUUACUGGAGUGAGGACUUCCCUCACAAGAGAAUGGCCAAGGGAAAUCAUGUUACCUAUAGAUUCUUCAAUUACUCUUCUGCUUUUAUUCAUCACUGCACACUUAACGAUUUAGAGUUUAACACAAAAUAUUAUUAUGAAGUUGGAAUUGGGCAUACUAGAAGGCAGUUUUGGUUCACGACCCCACCCGAAGUUCACCCUGAUGCGCCUUUUACAUUUGGUCUCAUAGGGGAUAUGGGUCAAACUUUUGACUCAAACAAGACCUUUACUCACUACGAAUCAAACCCUAAGAAAGGGCAAGCUGUGUUGUAUGUUGGAGACCUCUCUUAUGCAGAUGAUCACCCUAAUCAUGAUAAUGUAAGGUGGGAUACGUGGGGUAGAUUCGUAGAAAGAAGUACUGCUUAUCAACCUUGGAUAUGGACCACAGGGAACCAUGAAAUUGACUAUGCUCCUGAAAUUGAUGAGCCAGAACCUUUCAAGCCUUUCCGCCACCGUUACCAAGUCCCUUACAAAGCAUCAGGAAGUACUCAACCCUUUUGGUAUUCUAUCAAGAUGGCUUCAGCACACAUCAUAGUUUUGGCUUCAUAUUCAGCUUAUGGUAAAUAUACUCCCCAAUAUGAAUGGAUUAAGGCAGAGCUACCAAAGGUUGAUAGAACCAAAACUCCUUGGUUGAUUGUUCUCAUGCAUUCGCCAUGGUAUAAUAGCUACAACUAUCAUUACAUGGAAGGGGACAGCAUGAGGGUGGCGUUUGAGCCUUGGUUUGUCAAGUACAAGGUUGAUCUUGUGUUCGCUGGACACGUCCAUGCCUAUGAACGAUCUGAACGUGUCUCCAAUGUUGCAUACAACCUUAUAAAUGGUCGAUGUAAACCUGUGAAGGAUAUGUCAGCUCCUGUGUACAUAACCAUUGGUGAUGGAGGGAACAUUGAAGGGUUAGCAACGAAAAUGACAGAACCACAACCUGAGUAUUCUGCAUACAGGGAAGCCAGUUUUGGGCAUGCCAUGUUGGAAAUAAAGAACAGAACACAUGCUCACUAUAGUUGGCACCGAAAUGAAGAUGAAUACGCUGUUUCAGCUGAUUCCGUGUGGUUUUUCAACAGAUACUGGCAUCCUGUUGAUGAUUCCACAACCAAGUGAACCAAUCAACGCAAGUAACUAGUUUAGUUCAGCAGUUUUUUUUUUUUUUUUUUAGGUUGAUCUGUUUAAUAAUGUAUUGUUGGUUGAUGUACUCUUGUUGAAGUUAAAUCAACGUUUCCUUGUUAAACCUUUUCCUGCAGAGAUUUUUUUUUAAUAAAAA